AUGAUCAGGUGGUCUCUGAUUGCUGGAAGACUGCCGGGACGCACAGACAAUGAAAUAAAGAACUAUUGGAAUACCCAUCUCAGCAAGAAGCUCAUCAACCAAGGGAUAGACCCCAGAACUCACAAGCCUCUUCUCACCCACCCCAACCCUAACCCUAACCCUAAUCCUGAUCUCUCCACUUCUUCCACGGCUAUUUUGUCCACAGAUCCAAAUCCCAAUCCAUUCCCCAACCUUAAUCCUAACCUGAGCUUCUCAGCUGGGUUAGAGUCACUAGAAUCGGAACGAGCUUUAGUAGCAAACCAUGUCUCCAACCCUAGCCCCGAUCCCAGAACACUUGUUGUCGAGAACAAAGAGGGUAACUCGUCCGAUCAUUAUCCACAAGAAUAUCGAGUUGCUAAUAAUUGUAAUCAAACCAGCUGGAACCACAGUGAUGGAACGUUGAUGGGGUUGCAGAGCACCCAUGGAAACUACGGCAAUCAAGACAACUGUAUUGGGUACUUCAACGAUGAUAUCUUCUCAACAUUCCUUACUUCCUUAAUUAACGAAGAAGAUGUUUUCAAAAAUCAGCAGCCAGAACAUACCAACAUGAUGACGGUGCCGUCAUCAUCCACCCAGCCUGUUAUGCCUUCCAUGCAUAUGCAAGUCUCCAAUCAUGGCAUGGCCGCGUGGGAAGCUUCACUGCAGCAGGCAUCAAAUAUGCAGCCUACCUUCAGCUACGAAUGGAAUGGUUUUAAUAACCAGUUUGCUUAA